AUGACGAACGUCUACACCUAUGUGCAGAAGGAGUGGGCUGCCAGUGGAAAGCGGAUCUUGGGGGAACGUGGACACGCUGCUAUUCAUCUUCAGUCUGUUCGCAAAAGCCAUCCAGCUCUGCCAAUCUUUCUCUACGCGCUGGUUGGUGUCGUGGUAGCCUCGAACGGAGCUUUGCUUCGAAUUUGGGGCGGGCUCUCACCGGUCGCCUUGUGGAUUCUCAACAUCAAUUACAGUCAGACGCGCAAAAGUGGCCUCGCAUCCAUUGCGGAGGUGUUCGCGUCUGUAGCAGACCAACACGUCCGCAAGACUUUUCGCCGACUUCUCCAGGACAAGAGUGCGGAGGCCAAGGUGAAGACUACCACAGUACAAGAAGACGGCAGGCACGAAGACACGCUGAUGCAAGACCUGGCUGCUCCAGCCGAGGCACAGGGUGACAGACAUGCUCGACUAAGUCUAUGGCCAGUGGCAUAUCUUGGCGGCACCAUUGAGCGCUGCAAGGAGCGCUGCAGUGGUGACUUCAACUUUGUGCAGAACAAUCCUAAAGCCUUCAAGGAUUUGCCAGGCAUUGAUGCGUCCGCUACUGCUUCUGCAGCCGAAGCCGCCGUUGCAAGUGGGGAAGGCUUGCGAGGGCGUACCUGGUUUUCUACGCUGUUGCUCUUUGACGAAGCGUAUGAGUUUCUGAUGGAACUCGGCAUCUUGGACAGUCCAGGUUCCGCCGCAAAGAAACAGAUGUCUGGAGGCGUUGAUGUUUCUGGUCAAACUCCAAAUGCUGGGUGGGCUAACAGGUUGCUGCAAACGGGCGUGAGCACCUUCGAAACGAAGAGCUGUGGAUCGUUCGGCGGCUUGCGCUCUCCAAGCGUCAACACAGCCCUAGCCGGCAAUUUUCAUCCCGGCGUCGCGGUGGAGAUGAUUCGCGGGCUUCGGGGCGACCACGGAUGCCAAACAAAAGCUCGCUUCCUGUUUGCCAGUGGGCAGCCCAUCCAACCGCAUGAGGAGUACGAGUCUGUCGGCUUGGAUGCCAAAGUGGAGUACUGCGCACUCCCCAGGGUGUUGCUUGAUUUGUUGCGGCUGAACUGCUUGGAGAGUCCUGAGAAGGCAGCAGUGGAACUGAAGCACGAGGACGACCUCGUCGACGGUGUUGCUGAGUUCACGGACGCAGGUUUCUUUCCCGAUGCAGUGGGCUGGCCUUACACCUUGCCAGACGGCGUUGUCACUAAACUUCGCUUUCGCCAGACUCCAGACGGUCCUCAGCCAGAGUGGUCCAUGGCAGACAGAGAUGUAGACGUUCCUCCAGAGCUUGAAUUACGCCCGGCAGCGCAGCGUCUCACUGAGAUCUUUGAGCAGGAGCACCGCGUUCUUGAGUUCUCAGCGAGCGGCAAGCAACUUUUCAAAAGUUACGCGUGUUAUUUUAAUAUUAUGGUGGCUCAAUCUCGAGAAGAUGGUGACGUGGGUCAGGGUGCCCAGAUGGGCGCGUGUCCGUGGAAACUUGCCAUGCUUGCUUUGGCGCUCUGGGAUCUUGCCUGGCAGCAGUCGGCGCCGCCGGAAAAUCCAGAGGCGCCGGUCCUGAUCAAUGCGGAUGUGGUUGCACGUGCUUUUGGACUGCUGGAGAUCCUAGAGAGCGUGGUGGCGAUCAUGGCUGGUAAGGAAGAGUCGUCUGCUUUCUCAACGCUCAACGAAGCCGACUCAGCGGAGAAAAAGCGGAAAAGGCCUAUGGCUGACGAGGAUCAGCUUGCUCUUGCUUUGACGGGACAGAGUUCGAACAAAGAUCAAGAUUGGCAGCCGAAAGCACAGCACACCGGACUGCCUGACACUGAAUUCUUUCGUCGGUUGCUCCUCAAGGCGGAAGCUUCGUCAGAGGGGGCAGAAACCUGUGUCAUCAAGUCACGAAGCGUGUACAACCUUCAGAGGUCGAAGGACCAGCUCACGCAACAGCCUUCUCUUGGGGACUUUCGCGCUGUUGUCAAAGCUGCUCCGUCAAUUCUGGGUAGUUUCGAUGCGGCCACAGAUAGCUACAACUUCACUUGUCCCUCUUCAGCUUCACCGCCUGAAUAUGAGGCAGCCCUGAUGCAAUACGCGAACAUAUCGAGCGCCGCUCUGAAAUCUGCCCUCACCAACUCGACCAGUAAACGACAGGCUCUGGCCGGAAUAUUGUACAGACUGCUUCCGGCGUGUACGCACCGUGCACUGAUGCAAAAGAGUCUUGUCGAAGUUGCGCGGGCUCGACACCGAUGUCGCUGUGGUACUCAACGCACGAAAUCGAUUUCAUCCAGCACUGCUGCCGCAGCCAUUUCGAUAGUAGCCCUUUGUCGCUUUCGGACGCAGCUCUACAUUUCUGAGACGAGCGAUAUGAAGCAGUUUCCGAGCCCUAAGCAUGGGAUGUUGCGACUGGUGCUUCGAAAGCCUUCUCAGAAAUCGCAGUCCACAAAGCCAGAUCACGUUCCCUACGUGCCACGAGAUCAGCAGCUCGAUAAUGCGAAGAAGGCGGAGCUACGAUCCCAACACUGGUGUUGCUCUCUAACGGACUUGGUGCAGAUGUCCGAGAACAGGCUCAUCAAAUUGCUCUUAAAGCUGGGAAUCUUGUGGAACUUCACACGCUGUCCACAUUGCAGAACAGGGAAGUUGUCAGGCUUGUUCAAGCACAAGAAGCGAGGAUUUGUGAGAAGAUGUCAAGCGAAGACGUGUCACAAGUACGUGCUUCCACAUGCACGGCAUCCAUUCUUCUGUACUGGAUGGGGCCAGUCAUUCAUUUCUUUGCGUCAACAGGUCCUGGUUCUUUUCUGCAAUGUGACUAGAGUGGACACUGGCAAGAUUCAUGUGCUGACGGGCCUUGGAGCAAGGGCGGUGCAAACUCUGUCUGCCAGAUGGAGAAGAGCUGUAAUGGCUUAUGUUCAACGACAACAAGAAGCUCGGCUCUUCGGCAAUCUUCGAACUUGGGUUCAAGCUGAAGUCGACGAGGUCACAGUUCGUGGAAAGAAAUCAGGCAAACAAGUGACCUGGUUCCAGUAUUGUGGUCUGCUCGAGCGCGGCAACCGUAAGAGCCUCACCCUUGUCAAAAUGCGAGUGAAGUCAACGUCUGUCAAGCUGAAGGGGAAGGGCAAGGGCUCUGCUGUGUCUCCGGGACCCAUAUCCAAAAAAGAAUGGAAGCAAAUAGGGUUCCGUUAUCUCAAGAAUCGGAAAAUCCUGCUGCACUGUGACGGUGCACGAGCGUACAGGUACGUGCAGAUACCUGGCGUGAUCACCGAUUCGGUGAGACACAAGCGUCCGAACCCCAUCUAUGCCGCUACAUGGAAACACCGCCUUCCUCGAGAUUACAGGAAAGCACAUGUCAAGGGUUUGCCCAAAGACCAAACGAACACGGUAUGGGUGAAAAAGGGAACCCAACUCAUAGACAAUGUGUGGCGGCAAUUGAAGUUGAUCGGGGUUCCGAAGUCAACGAAAGCGGAUGAAGGGAACAUUGAUGAGCGGGUGCGUGAAUUUCAAUGGCAUCAUUGGCAUGCCGAGCAGGACAAGUUCGCUGCUGUUGGCGACAUUGUUCGAGCUGCGUGCGAGAUGUACGCUCAUAUGUUUUGGAGCCGACCCGUUGAUGUUCCUGCCCUGAUAGCGCAAGAAGCCCAGCUCGUGUGGAACAUGCUUCCCAUUAGCAUCCGUGCUGCUGAGCGCAACUACUUCGCGCAACCGUUGCUGGCCAUUCAACAAACUCGCCAAGAGACCUUAGCAUGGCUCCGAGUUCUGCUACAAGAAAUCGAACUUCAUGACGCGCAGCGCCAGGACAUCAAAGUCUGGAUGACAGUGCCUUAUCUUUCACUACCAUCUUCCUGCUCGGCGCAAGUGCUUGAGUUCUUGUUUCCAUCUGUACUGCCCACGGCUACGACUUGUGUCGAGCUAGUCUUGCAGUCUCCCAUUUUGAUUCUAAGCGACUCGGACGAUGAUGAUUUUGAGUUCGAGGACCUUCGGCAUGACGAGAACUUCGAAGAUUUGAAGAGCCGUAGUGAACAAGAGCGCAAGCUCUUGGAUCAGGUUCGCGCCGGCCUAUCAUUAUGCAGAAAGAUAGGCUAUGCCAUGGUCGCGCUGACCAUACUCUUUCAAUACGUGUUUGGGGAGUUGGGGAGAAAGCUCAGGCAGCAGGGAUUUGUACGAUUUGUUCCGGCAAUAUUUGUGGACGGCAGUGACUUGUACGAUUUGUUCCGGCAUUUUGUUCCGGCACUGUUUGUGGACGACAGUAUGGGCGCUAACAACGUCCAUGUUAUUUAUGGAUAUCGAUAUGGCACUGACGAGCACAUGGGCAAGAAGCUGCAGCCCAAUGAGAUCGUGCAUUACUCUGUACGGCACCGAUGGUUUACGAGGCUGCGCAAGCAGUUUCAAGUAAGUUUGUUUUUUUUUUGUAUACUUGUUUUGUUUUAUAGUACUUUCGUUCGUUUAUAUCCUACAAACGAAUUUGGAUAA